CCUUUGACGCAAAAGCAGCGCCGGCCUCAGUGGCUGAGAAGAGCAGGAGGAGGUGGUGGCGGCGGGAAGAUGGCUUCUUCUCCUACCAAACGCAAAGACUGCUCUGAUGAGAAGUCCAAGGAUUGCUCUAAAGAUAAAGGGGCCACCAAGGAGUCAAGUGAGAAGGACCGCGGCAGGGAUAAAACUCGGAAAAGGCGCAGCGUUUCCAGUGGUAGCAGCAGCACCAGGUCUCGGUCCAGCUCAACCUCCAGCUCAGGCUCCAGCACCAGCCCCGGCUCCAGCAGUGGCUCCAGCUCCUCCUCAGCAUCAUCCCGCAGCUCCAGCUCCAGCAGUUCCUCUGGCUCUCCAAGUCCUUCUCGGCGCAGACGUGACAACAGGCGGCGCUCCCGCUCCAAAUCCAAGCCACCUAAAAGGGAUGAAAAGGAGAGGAAAAGCCGGAGCCUUUUCCCUAAACCCACCAAAGUGCAUAUUGGGAGGCUCACCAGGAAUGUGACCAAGGAUCACAUCAUGGAGAUAUUUUCCACCUAUGGGAAAAUUAAAAUGAUGGACAUGCCCGUUGAAAGGAUGCAUCCUCAUCUAUCCAAAGGCUGCGCCUAUGUAGUUUGAGAAUCCGGAUGAAGCUGAGAAGGCGCUGAAGCACAUGGAUGGAGGACAAAUAGAUGGCCAAGAGAUCACUGCCACUGCUGUGCUUGCCCCCUGGCCUAGGCCACCACCCAGGCGAUUCAGCCCUCCCAGGGGAAUGCUGCCACCACCUCCAGUGUGGCGCAGGUCUCUCCCACGGAUGAGGAGAAGAUCCCGCUCCCCGAGGCAUAGAUCUCCUGUGCACCGGCAAUCCCACAGGAGCCGCUCCAGCUCUGAUUUCUCCUGAUAAACAGGGCCACUGAAGCUCAUGCCCCUUGUAAUUUACAUCCUAUUCCAUCUGGGUCAGUUUUGUCACUUUCCUAGCCAAAGGAGGAUCAGUAGGA